GGAGCGGAUCCGGCUGGCCCCGGCCUCCUGGAGCUCGGAGCCGCGGCAGCGGAGCCGGGGUUAGCGGAGCCGCUGGAAGAUGGCGAGCGGUUGGGACGCGCGGCUGGCUUGGCGGCCGGGGCGCUUCCCGCUUCUGCUAUGCUUGCUGCUGCUUCUGAGGAGCCCGGCCUGGGCGGCGCACAUCAAGAAGGCGGAGGCGACCACGACAACGAGUGCGGGCGCCGAGGGCCAGUUCGACCGCUACUAUCACGAAGAGGAGCUGGGCAAGGCGCUGAGGGAGGCGGCGGCCGCGGGGCCCCCCGGCCUGGCCCGCCUCUUCAGCAUCGGCCGCUCGGUGGAGGGCCGGCCGCUGUGGGUGCUGGUCGCGCCAGGUGCUGGUCUACCUGGCCCGAGAGCUGGCCUCCGGCUACCUCCGCGGGGACCCGCGCCUCGUCCGCCUGCUCAACACCACCGACGUGUACGUGCUGCCCAGCCUCAACCCGGACGGCUUCGAGCGCUCCCGCGAGGGCGACUGCGGGACCAGCGGCCGCGACAACAGCCGGGGCCGCGACCUCAACCGCAGCUUCCCCGACCAGUUCAGCACUGGCGAGCCGCCCUCCCUGGACGAGGUGCCCGAGGUGCGAGCCCUCAUCGACUGGAUCCGCAGGAACAAGUUUGUGCUUUCUGGAAAUCUGCAUGGUGGCUCUGUGGUAGCAAGCUAUCCUUUUGAUGAUUCUCCAGAACAUCAGGCCACUGGAAUCUAUAGUAAAACCUCAGAUGAUGAAGUCUUUAAAUAUUUGGCAAAAGCUUACGCUUCAAAUCACCCAAUAAUGAAAACUGGUGAACCUCAUUGUCCAGGAGACGAAGAUGAGACUUUCAAAGAUGGGAUCACAAACGGCGCACAUUGGUAUGAUGUGGAAGGUGGUAUGCAAGAUUACAAUUAUGUAUGGGCCAAUUGUUUUGAGAUCACAUUAGAAUUAUCUUGUUGCAAGUACCCACCUGCUUCACAGCUUCGACAGGAAUGGGAGAACAAUCGUGAGUCUCUGAUCACAUUGAUUGAAAAGGUCCACAUUGGAAUUAAAGGAUUUGUUAAAGAUUCAGUAACAGGAUCCGGAUUAGAGAAUGCAACCAUUUCAGUGGCUGGUAUUAAUCAUAACAUCACAACAGGCAGAUUUGGUGAUUUCCACAGAUUACUUGUUCCUGGAACUUACAAUCUUACAGCACUUUCAGCUGGGUAUAUGCCUUUGACUGUUCAUAAUAUAAUUGUGAAAGAAGGACCAGGCACAGAAGUGGAUUUUUCCCUUCGGCCAGCUGUGACUUCAGUAAUCCCUGACACAACUGAGGUUUUGGCAACUGCUAGCACAGUUGUUCUUCCCAAUAUUCCUUCUGGAACAUCAUCCUCCCACCAGCCCAUUCAGCCAAAAGAUUUUCACCAUCACCAUUUUCCUGAUAUGGAAAUCUUUUUGAGAAGAUUUGCCAAUGACUAUCCUAACAUCACUCGGCUUUACUCAUUGGGAAAAUCAGUAGAAUCAAGAGAACUCUAUGUCAUGGAGAUAUCUGAUAACCCAGGUGUCCAUGAACCAGGUGAACCAGAAUUUAAGUAUAUUGGAAAUAUGCAUGGAAAUGAAGUAGUUGGAAGAGAACUGCUAUUGAACCUCAUUGAAUACCUCUGUAAGAACUUUGGAACAGACCCCGAAGUAACAGAUUUGGUCCGUAGCACUAGAAUUCACCUUAUGCCAUCUAUGAAUCCUGAUGGGUAUGAAAAGUCUCAGGAAGGAGAUUCAAUAAGUCUAAUAGGCAGAAACAACAGCAACAACUUUGACCUGAACCGAAAUUUCCCAGACCAGUUUGUUCAGAUCACAGAUCCUACCCAACCAGAAACUAUUGCUGUAAUGAGUUGGAUGAAGGCCUAUCCGUUUGUACUAUCAGCAAACCUGCAUGGAGGUUCUUUGGUGGUUAAUUACCCUUUCGAUGAUGAUAAACAAGGACUUGCCAUAUAUAGUAAAUCACCAGAUGACGCUGUGUUCCAACAGUUAGCACUUUCUUAUUCUAAGAACUCUCAGCAUGAUCAGUCACCCAUCCCGUCUUCACCCCACCAUGGGACUUACCUGAUGGGGAAAAGGAUCAAGGAAAAUUCCCAGAUGUUUCAAGGUAGACCUUGCAAGAAUAUGUACCCUAAUGAAUAUUUCCCUCAUGGAAUAACAAAUGGAGCUAAUUGGUAUAAUGUCCCAGGUGGUAUGCAGGACUGGAACUAUUUACAAACAAAUUGCUUUGAAGUAACUAUUGAACUAGGUUGUGUGAAAUAUCCUUUUGAGAAAGAUCUGCCAAAGUUUUGGGAACAGAAUCGAAGAUCUUUAAUCCAAUUUAUGAAACAGGUUCAUCAGGGUGUCAAAGGAUUUGUCCUUGAUGCUACAGAUGGCAGGGGUAUAUUAAAUGCCACCAUUAGUGUUGCUGAAAUUAAUCACCCAGUGACUACUUACAAAACUGGAGAUUACUGGCGUCUCUUGGUUCCAGGAACUUAUAAAAUCACAGCAUCUGCUCGAGGGUAUAACCCAGUUACCAAGAAUGUGACUGUCAAGAGUGAAGGUGCUAUUCAGGUCAACUUCACACUUGUUCGAUCUUCAACAGAUGCAAACAAUGAAUCCAAAAAAGGAAAGGGGGAUAGCACCAGCACUGAUGAUACCAGUGACCCGACUACUAAAGAGUUUGAAGCUUUAAUUAAAGACCUUUCAGCUGAGAAUGGUUUGGAAGGCAUCAUGUUAAGCUCCUCCUCAAACCUGGCUCUUUAUCGAUACCAUUCAUAUAAAGACUUAUCAGAAUUUUUGAGAGGACUUGUAAUGAAUUAUCCACUUAUUACAAAUCUUACCACUUUGGGACAGAGUGCUGAAUAUCGUCAGAUUUGGUCCCUUGAAAUCUCCAAUAAGCCCAACAUGUCUGAGCCUGAAGAACCGAAGAUUCGUUUUGUUGCUGGUAUCCAUGGAAAUGCUCCGGUUGGAACUGAACUGCUUUUGGCUCUGGCAGAAUUUCUCUGCCUGAACUACAAAAAGAACCCAGCUGUUACCCAAUUGAUUGACAGGACCAGGAUUGUGAUUGUCCCUUCUCUGAAUCCAGAUGGGAGAGAACGAGCACAAGAGAAAGACUGUACUUCAAAGAUAGGACAAACAAAUGCCCAUGGCAAAGACUUGGAUACGGACUUCACUAAUAAUGCCUCCCAGCCUGAGACUAAAAGCAUCAUUGAAAAUUUAAUUCAAAAACAGGACUUCAGUCUUUCUGUUGCUUUAGAUGGUGGGUCUGUGCUGGUCACAUACCCAUAUGACAAGCCAGUGCAGACAGUGGAAAACAAGGAGACUCUGAAACACUUGGCAUCUCUUUAUGCAAAUAAUCACCCAUCAAUGCACAUGGGUCAGCCCAGUUGCCCAAAUAAGUCUGAUGAGAAUAUCCCAGGAGGGGUAAUGCGUGGAGCAGAAUGGCACAGUCACCUGGGCAGCAUGAAGGAUUAUAGUGUCACCUAUGGACAUUGCCCAGAAAUCACUGUGUACACAAGCUGCUGCCUCUUUCCUAGUGCAGCACAACUCCCUUCCUUGUGGGCGGAAAAUAAAAAAUCCCUUCUUAGCAUGUUGGUGGAGGUUCACAAGGGAGUUCAUGGAUUUGUUAAAGAUAAGACUGGAAAACCAGUCUCUAAAGCAGUCAUUGUACUCAAUGAAGGAAUAAAAGUACACACAAAAGAGGGAGGUUAUUUCCAUGUGCUAUUAGCCCCAGGUGUCCAUAACAUCAAUGCUAUCGCUGAGGGGUACCAGCAACAACAUUCACAGGUCUUUGUACAUCAUGAUGCAGCUAGUCCUGUAGUAAUAGUCUUUGACACAGAUAACCGGAUAUUUGGUUUGCCAAGGGAGCUUGUGGUGACUAUAUCAGGGGCCACCAUGUCAGCAUUAAUCCUAACAGCUUGCAUUAUUUGGUGCAUCUGUUCAAUCAAGUCUAAUAGACACAAGGAUGGUUUUCAUCGGCUCAGGCAACAUCAUGAUGAAUAUGAAGAUGAAAUACGCCUAAUGUCAACCAGCUCUAAGAAGUCCCUCCUAAGCCAUGAGUUCCAGGAUGAAACGGACACUGAAGAGGAAACAUUAUAUUCUAGCAAACAUUGAAAAAUAUACUUUGCAUAUCUCCCAGCUAAGUACCAAGCAAACUUACAGUUCCUCUUGGGAGACACUCCAUUAAGAAGAGAAGACUGUCUUGUUUCUUCAAAGAGCUUUGGGAAGAUAACUUACUAAAUCUGUAUUUUCUGUGAAUUUUGCUGGCAGUUUUGAACUUCCCUUACUGAAAGUACUCUUACCUUUUUUAAAAAAUCUGAUUUCUAUUUAUGCAGCAGAGAUGGAAUAGCCACUUAGUUUUUCUUUUUAAUUUAAAGUGAGCUGUUUGGAGCUUAUGUGAUCACAGCAAAAAGCCAAACUGCUGGAUGUUGUAAUUUGCACAUCAGGUGUUUACUAGUGGCUUUAGCUUUUUUUCUUUAUUUUAAAGGCCAAAAGAAUCCAGAAACAUUAAGACAGGGACAGCAGUCAUAUUCUGACAUAAAAGCUUUAAAAACUCGAGAUUCUUCUCAGCCUAUUGAGGAGUACUCUUCUCUAGUUAUUAAAUAGCUGGAGUUUCUCUUAUUCAGGUUUAAUGGAGGUUGAAUGAUUUUCAAACUCAUACAGCAUUAGGAAAUGAAUAAAUGGGCUUCCGCACUUGUCUUUCUACCUAUUCCCAGGCUAGAUCAUAACUGGUGGGCUAUGCUGUAGCAGGAUUUCACUACCUCUCUUUGAAAGGUUUAGCAAAGUUCUAAAUAUUCCCAUUUUAAGGGAGAACUUGUUGCCUUUAUUGUGAAAGAUCUAAAUGUGCACUUGAACAGAACCGAGAGAGAGAUCUAGCAAAGCUGAAGUUCAUAUUGCCUAUCUUUUAACUUGGUUAAAAAAAACCCACAGGUGCUGCUGCUUUUAUCUGUGAAGCACUAGUUUAUUCUAGGAAUGCCUAAUUCUUUAAUAUUUUCUAAAUUUGAACCUUUUUCUAUGUUGUACACUUGGGGUUUUCAGAUAACCCAACCAUCUACAAGAUCUGAAUUCUACUGAAAAUACCUGGAAGCAUGGAAGAGAUCUACUUGCACAUUCUUAACUACAUUUGAACACGAAAUAUCUAUACUUUGUGCUCCAGCCUUUGCUUUUGCCCUGUAAUAGCAUGCUAUUAAUGAAAUAUCUUGACCAGUCUUCUUUACAUUGGCCUCUGCAAAUGACUGGGUUCUUUGUCCUAAUGUUUUACUUGAAAGUCUUGGUUUUUUUUUGAGCAACCAAUUUUGUUUAAAGUUCAAUUGAAAGCUUUUAAAUAUGGCUCCCUCCAUUUGAAGAAAAUGUAAAUUAUGGACUACUGUGUGAUACAACACUGUGGUGGGAAAGUAUCAUUUUCACUGCCAGUCAUGUAAAGACCUCAAAUAUUUGCAUUUAAUUGCUGUUAAAUAUGCUGUUCAGUGGAAAUGAUGCUUUUUGUAAGUAUGAGUCUUACCAAUGAUCUAAUGGGUUAAUACCUUUGAAUGUUUUAAUGGCCAAAUUGCUGCUGAACUUGUACUAAAUCAGGGGAUCAAAACACUAGCUCUCAUCUUUUCAAAUUAUAUUCAUUAAUAUAUUAGUUAUCCCAAAGCCUUCAUGUGGAGUGGUCCACUUGCCUAGGUCAUUCAGUCGGGUUUUGUGAGUGAUGCAUCCAGAAUGGCUUUAUAAAAUAGAGAUUUUGUUUAGCAGGAAUAAUGAUGUCAUGACGUUUGUUAAUAAAUAUCUGUGAUAAAUUUGGGUGGCUCAAGGUUAAGCCAUUCUGGUAUUAAUCCUGAUAUUACAGUAGCAACUCUAAAUUCUGCCACCUCUUAUCCCAUUGCAUCCACAGAACAAAGUUUAUGGGAUGGUAAUAGUUAGUGAAAUAAAUACAAUUUAAUUUCUUCUAGUGACACUUUCCAUUUUCCUUAUAGAUGUGGUGUAUUACUUUUUUUCAGCAUUAUUUUUAAGAAUGCAAAGUCAGAAAGCCAACAAGGGGUCUGCAGGUAGUUGGGCCCUGCUUGGACAUUGGAACUAGAAGUGAAAUGAUGUGACAGCCUUUGCUUUAUUAGCAUUGGUAUUCAGUAGAGGAUACCUUCACAUUUACGUCUCUCUUGAACUAAGUAUAUGUUUAAUAUUUUAAUAUACAUCUCAGCGGCUGGAGGCCAUGCCUUUUAAGUAUAUAUAAAAAGUUUUAAGAGAUGAACAUACAGAUAAUUCUUCUAGUAAUUUUUCCUGAAAGGAAAAUCAAAUUCUGUUAUGUCUUAAGUCAAUAAUAAAUUUCUAAAUAAUACAUUUAGCUGGAAAACAAGACCUUCUCAGCCUGUGUUACCUAUGAACAUGAAUGUACAGGACCCAUGACUACUGUGUUCUCAGCCCUGCUCAGUCUUUUAUGUGUGGAUCUGAAAUGAUACUAGACCACAUUAACAACUGAAGGCGUUGAAACGAGAUGGGAUGGGGGAUACAUUUCUUCAGUAUUUCUCCUAGAGAUUUUCCAUCUUCUUGGAGUCAUGGAGGCAAGUAAGUAUCACAGUAUUAAGUAAUGUGCCCAAAUCUGAGUUGUGCCUUUCUUUACUCACAAGGCAUAGUGUUGUGCUGGUGAUCAGUUUGUAAGCCUUUCUCCCUUCUUGGCUCCUUAAUAAAAGCAAAGUGAUGGAGUAGGUAAUGUUCAAAGUGUCUGUCUGUGUAAUUGUACUUGUACUGAUCAUGUAGAGUUCGAUAAGAUGAGCCCAAGCAGUUUCAGAAAGACAGACUAUGGUUCUAAUGUAAAUUUGAUGAAGUACUUAGUGAGUGAGUUCCCAUCCAGUUUAGGAAUGCCUACAAUUCUGAUUGAAGGGAAUUUGCUUUGGGGCUUUGUCAUCUUUCAGAAAGGAAACAUUGUAUUUUGGGCUCAGUGUGAUUGAGUGGUUAAUCUUUGGUAACUUUCGUCUGAGUGAAACUUGCUGAAUUAAUGAAUAUUAAAUUUGAAACUAAUUAUGAGUUGAUAAAUAAAAGGUAGUGCUAAUGUCUGAGUUUAUUGUGUUUCUAACACCAGAUUAUUCAGUAAUCAUGACCAGCUCCUCUGUUGACAUUUUCAGCAUUAAAGUUUUUAUCUUCUUGUUGCCAUAAAUACAUUUGUGCCAGGUUUUAUCCCUGCUAUGUGAACAGCUUCUUGGCUGUAAAUGCUAUAAUAGUGCUCUAUGUUAUGGUUCUCUAGUGGAAUUGUUUUAACAAUAGCAUUUCCCCCAUACAUUUUAUUUUAUUUUUUUUCCCCCCAUACAUUUUAAACCCAGCAUUUCUCCCAUGUUUUGCUUUAUUGUUAUAACUAAAAAUUCCACUAUGGUUAGUGUUCAGUGAUUUUUCUAUCUAGCAACUUUCUGAUAACUCUUUGGGUUUCUGAUUUGUUUUAGUUAAAGCAGUUUUGGGGGAGUGAUUAGGGUCCUUAAUCAACUAAACUUAGGUUUCCAGUUCAUAAAGAAAUCUCCCCCAGUUCUAUUUUCGGGCAGUAAUUUAUUAAUGAUUCCACUUGACUUUCAGAAUAUUAACCUGGUUGAUUUUGACUUGAGAGAAAACAUAAAAUUUGAAAGUAGGUUACCAUUUUGAGGCAACUGGAUGAAAAUCAUGUAAAUAUGUAUGAUUGUGAUUUUUAUAACUGGCAUAACAUGAGUAUACUAGCUACAUUCUAUGCUGGCCAUGCUGCAGAUUUUCUGGAGAUAUGACAUAUGAUAUUUUUUUAUGCUCUUUUUCACCUCUCCAUUUUCUCAGAAUGAUACUUCCCAGCUCCAGACCUAUCUAUAGCUAUUUAUAUGACAUGCUCCGUACCAUUCAUUUUAAGUGCUUCAGUCUUUGAUUUAUUUUAUGCACUGUGCCUUCAAAAUAAAAAUUUUAAAAGGGACUUUAAAUGAAGUUGAAUAGUUUUAAAAAGUCAAUCUGUGUAAUUUAUGUGAAAUCUAACUGUAAUGAGGUCCUUUGUUUUUAUAUGUAAACAGAUCUACUAAUCCUGUAUAAAAGUUAUUUUAUGAUGUUU